AGCAGUUUGACUUCCGUAUCAGACACCCAACGCGCUCUCUCCAGGUGCGUUAUUAUGGGUGACAUGAAGGACUUCGAUGAAAUCACGUCCUUUCUGGGCGUCUACGGCUUCUUUCAGAUCCUCAUAAUGGUUCUGCUCAGUUCCAGCGCGGUGACCAGCGGCUACUCUGGGACUAUCGUGGUCUUCAUGUCGGAUACACCCGAGCACCGCUGCAGAGGCUCGGUCAACUUUACGCGCAGCAACGGGACAGAUGUGGAGGUUCCAUUCCGCGAGCAGAGCAGCUGGAUCGGACCUGACAGCUGUUCCAGGUUCAAACUGGACGGGAACUGGACGGAGACUGCUCAGAGUCAACGCAAUGACACGGAGCUGUGUCUGGAUGGAUGGGUGUUUAGCACUGAGAGAUACACCUCCACUAUUGUGUCUGAGUGGGAUCUGGUGUGUGACAACGCGUGGAAGGUCCCUUUUUCCACCUCCUUAUUCUUUGUAGGAGUCCUCAUUGGAUCCUUUAUUAGUGGUCACCUCUCAGACCGGUUUGGCAGAAAGCCGGUGUUUUUUUUCACCAUGGCCUUACAAACAGUCACUGCCUUGAUCCAGGCCACCUCCGUCAGUUGGCUCAUGUUCUGUAUCCUCAACUGUCUGAGAGGACUUGGCCAGAUAUCCAAUUACGUCACGUCACUCGUACUGGGGUCUGAGAUGCUGAGCCAGACUGCCAGGGUGACCUACGCUCUGCUGGGCCACUGUGUAGGUUUUGGCGUUGGAUAUGCCUUGCUGCCGCUCUUUGCCUACUUCAUACGAGGCUGGAGGAUGCUGCUGGUUGCUACUGCCAUCCCAGGCUUCCUAUUUAUUCCAACGUGGUGGUUGAUUCCUGAGUCUCCCCGCUGGCUUUUGCAGAAAGGUCGGGUGGAGGAGGCCGAGCUCGUCAUACGCGUUGCUGCCAAAAGGAACAGAGUCCCCGCUCCUGAGGUCAUAUUCAGCGAUGGCGAGUGCUUGGAGCUAAUGCAAAAUAAAGGUGAAGAGGAGCAGACAUACACGUAUCUGGAUCUGAUACGCACCCCUAACAUGAGAAAUAUUACAAUUCUGAGUGUUUUCAUAUGGAUGGCCGUCGCCAUGGUCUUCUACGGUCUCUCGCUCAAUACUAGUAACCUGAAUGGAGACAUCUACCUCAACUGCUUCAUUUCAGCAGCCAUUGACAUUGUGUUGUGUAUAGCCACAUGGAUGCUGGUUAACCGCGUGUCACGACCCACACUCCUCUUCUCCACGCUGAUGUUCUGUGGCAUCAUGCUUCUGGUUAUCAAGCUGGUUCCUGAAGACAUGCAAGUCAUGUUGCAGGUGUUAGCCUUGGUGGGAAAGAUUGGUGUGUCUGCUGCUUACUCCAUCAUCUACGUGUUUUUCUCUGAGCUGAUCCCCACUGUGGUCAGGAACAUGGGAUUAGGGAUCGCCUCCACAGCUGCACGCAUAGGCUCCAUCAUUUGUCCCUAUGUGAUCUACAUGGGUGUGUACAGCAAGAUCCUGCCAUACGUUGUUUUUGGCACAAUCAGCAUCAUGGCUGCUGCUCUUACCAUGUUGCUGCCAGACACCAGAAACAGCAAACUUCCUGACAUCAUCAGCCAGGCCAAACCCAUCAGAUGCUGCUGCUGUCAGAAGAAGAAGCUACAGCCCAGUCAGAUACCACUCUGAAGGACAUAAAGAUUUGAGCAACAGCGCCCUCUGCUGAAAGAAAAUCACACAGCAAGAGUGGAGGGAUCACAGACUAAUGCACUUCUUCUGUGUUUCCUGAAGUGUCGUGCGGACAUUAAUGUUGUUUUUGAGAGAGAGCCUCUGAGAUUCUCAGGUCUUGUCAUACACAGUACAGAAUAAGCUACGUCAGUUACAUUUAUGUCAUCUUGAAGCGAUUUGUGACAGUGUUUACACAGUAAAAGUGUUAUAUUUUCUCGAACCUUGAUCAAAAUCCAGACUUUAAGGUAUUUAUUGUCGUUGUAGAACACAGGGUUACACGACAAAAUACAGUUGUAGUCCCAUUAUGCUACACACACACACACACAAACACACACACACACACACACACACACAACAACAGUAGUGCAUUCCUGUAGUACAUUUUUUGAAUUUGCAUCAGGAGGAAUGUAAACAGCAGCAACAAAAAGCAGUGGCGCAGGCUGUCUGAGGGGCAGGGCUAUAAAAAAAUGCACCAGCUGCAUGCGGCGGGGGACAAGCGCUCAGGAAGUUUUCUAGCACGUAGGGCAGCCUAUAUGGCAUUGCAUCACGUUUUCUUAAUUUUAAGGCCACCCUAGAGGGCACUUCACUGAAACGACACCCGUUGGACUUCUCAGUGGAGUCACUGGAGGGGUGAAAGAGGGUAACCAUUCUGUGGGCUCAGCUGGACAGGGCAUACACAAAGAUUAUUUUAUAAACAAGGGUAGCACAGCACUAUUUUUUCAAGGUGUUCAGAAUAUAUAGCUAUCACACCUGAUUCUUGUACCUCUGGUGUCUAAACAGACAACUUCCACAGGGCUCCAAAAAGUUGAAAAAAAAAAAAAAAGAAAAAGAAAAAGGUUCCCAGGUAGGUUCGCUGCAUACGAUGCGAUAAUACGAUAAUACGAUAAUACGAUAAUACGAUAAUACUUUAUCGUCAGACAGGUCUGAAAUUUGUUUUGCAUCACUUUAGCUCCAUUUGCAA